AACUGAGCUUGGACAGGACGCGAGACUGACUGCAUCUUUGCGCGCGAGCAGUAAGUAACUCCAGUGAGGGGAUUGCUAAGAUGACCUAAUGACCUCUACUGAUGGCUGUUCACUUAUGGUGCUCUUGACCAAAGACCCUUAAAGACAAGCCAGCUCACUCGCAGCUAUUUUCUGUGUAGAGCAGAUGGGCUGAGAGGAGAGAUUAUUGUCAGGUGACUCCAAGGUGAAGAGCAGUCAGCAGGGAAGUGGACACAGCUGCAAUAGGACAUUGUCUCGGACCACAGCUACAGACAAACACCCACUCUAACACAUUCGCACACACUACAAUAGGCACAUAGCUGGUUUCACCCAGACCAGUCAUUGCAUUUGACCCCACUUCAUCUUCUCAGGUGUGGGGAGCCGAUUAGUUUCGACAUCCAGAUAUUUGUGAGUCACGCGUCCCUGCCGAGAGAGGACGUCACUGUGCUCUUCACACCCAAACUAUUUUGAUUCCUUAAUUAUAUAUAUAUUUUUGUUUUGCACAUAUUUUAUUAGAUUAUCUUAGUCUUUAUUUUUGAGAAAGAAACCUAACUGACCAAACGCACACCCGAGAUCCACACACCUCUCUCUCAUGGGAGUAACAAAGAGACCAGCCUUGCACAGACACUCACUCUCUCUUACACACACAAACAUCUGCACCUUGUUCAAGAUGCUCUCCUCCUCCAGCGUGAUUAGCUGGGGAAGGAUGUGGCUCUUGUGGUGAUUGGAGGAAGGAGUGGAGUUGGACUCAUGUCGUGGAAGAGAAACUACUUUGCGUCGGGCAGCAGUGGGCUGCAGGGGAUGUUUACCCCUCGCACCAUGAACUCCAUCGCUCCCAGCAAAGGUCUGAGCAACGAGCCGGGUCAGAACAGCUGCUUCCUAAACAGCGCGCUACAGGUCCUUUGGCAUCUUGACAUCUUCCGCAGAAGCUUCCGGCAGCUGAACACUCACAAGUGCAUGGAGGACUCAUGCAUUUUCUGCGCUCUGAAGAGCAUCUUCGCCCAGUUCCAGUUCAGCAGUGAGAAGGUGCUCCCAUCGGACGCUCUGCGCAGCGCUCUGGCCAAAACCUUCCAAGACGAGCAGCGCUUCCAGCUAGGCAUCAUGGACGAUGCGGCCGAAUGUUUCGAGAACCUCCUGAUGCGGAUCCACUUCCACAUCUCGGAUGAGACAAAGGAGGACAUCUGCACGGCCAAGCACUGCAUCCCACAUCAGAAAUUUGCCAUGACACUUUUCGAACAGUGUGUUUGUAAUAACUGUGGAGCCACGUCGGACCCUCUUCCCUUCAUUCAGAUGGUGCACUACAUCUCCACCACCUCUCUCUGCAGUAACCAAGCCAUGCGAAUGCUGGAAUGUAAAGAGAAGCCCACGCCCGACAUGUUUGGAGAGCUUCUCCGCAAUGCCAGCACCAUGGGUGACCUGCGAAACUGUCCAAGUAAUUGUGGUGAGAUGUUGCGGAUCAGACGGGUUCUAAUGAACUGCCCGGAGAUCAUCAGCAUCGGCCUGGUGUGGGACUCGGACCAUUCUGAUCUGGCUGAAGACGUCAUCCACAGCCUGGGCACGUGCCUGCGGUUGGGAGAUCUGUUCUACCGUGUGACGGAUGAGCGGGCCAAGCAUUCAGAGCUCUACCUUGUGGGCAUGGUGUGCUACUAUGGCAAGCAUUACUCCACAUUCUUCUUCCAGACCAAGAUACGCAAGUGGAUGUACUUUGAUGAUGCACAUGUAAAGGAGAUCGGUCCUAAGUGGAAGGACGUGGUGUCACGAUGUAUAAAGGGCCACUACCAGCCACUCCUGUUGCUGUACGCUGACCCCCGGGGGACACCCGUGUCAUCGCAGGACACGCUGGCUGCACAGCUAGACCUGCACCAUAGCAGCAAGGCCGGAUAUGACAGCGAAGACUCUGGGAGGGAGCCUUCAAUUUCAAGUGACACACGAACAGACUCUUCAGCAGACAGCUACAGCUACAAGCACUCUCGAUCACACCAUGAGUCCAUGGCCUCCCAUUUCUCUUCUGACUCUCAGAGAACUGUGGUGUGUAAUCAGGACAGCAGCGGUUCCCAGAACAUCAUGGACACUGCAGGGGAGAUUCUUAAAGAGCAGGCCACUGUGCCGAGACCCUCUUCUACUUGCCAUCUGCAGGACUAUAAAGAGACUGUGAAUAUGAUUCACAGCAGACCUCUGUCAUCAUCCUCUAGUUCAGGGGUGGGUGGCUCAGAGGCUGGGGCACGGGCGAGGGACUGGGAAGAUGAGAGCACCAGCAGUGAGUCCAAGUCCAGCUCCAGUGGAGGGCGCUAUCGGCCAACAUGGAGACCUAGAAGAGAGGCCCUGAACAUUGACAGCAUCUUCAGUCAGGAGAGACAUUGGCCAGGUGGCUACCCUACACUCGGGCCGUCCCCGCUGCCAGAAGAUGUGGUGUCCCCAAUGCAGGACAAGCAGAUCUCAGGGUCAGCUGCAGAGGAGUUGAGCACUGCAGCAACAGAGACAGUAAAUGCAACCGAUGACAUGGGGGGCGUCUCAGAGAUAGGGGUGGAACGACUAUCAAUCCCGCCCCCUUUAAGAGGCGUGGAGCCCCCUUUAAGAGGCGUGGAGCAGCAGCCGCGGCUGAUCCAGAGGAUGGAAAGUGGAUAUGAAAGCAGCGAGAGAAACAGCAACAGCCCUAUCAGCAUGGACAUGCCACUCAGCGACAACCCAAGUAUCAGUGCUCACAGGGACAGCAGCAGUAAGAGGCCUGUAACUUCAGGGCCAUCUUGGCGCACAGUGCCCAAGUCCAAAAGCAGCAGUGCCAUCCUGCAAGACCUCAAAUCCCCCACAUGGACCAAAGCUCCACUUAGUUUGGGAGAGGGUCGCAGUGAGCUGGAUGAGUUGCAGGAGGAAGUUGCUCGCAGGGCCAGGCAGCAGGAGCUGCAGAGGAAGAAGGAGAAGGAGAGGGAAGCAGCCCAGGGCUUCAACCCCAGACCCAGCAAGUUCAUGGACCUGGAUGAACUUCAGCACCAGGGGAAGGGGGGCAGUUUUGAGCACUGCCUGGCCGAGGCUGACUCUCUGUUAGAGCAGUCGCUGCGCUUGGAGCAGGCUGGAGACACAGCUACAGCCCUGGCACUCUCCCAUCACGCUGUGUCUAAACUAAGAUUUUCCAUGCAUGAGGGCAGUGCUAACACUCAUAGCAAGACUAUGGCUGCUGACGCCAAGCUGCAAAAAUGCAUGAGGAGAGCGCGGGGCCUACAGCAGCGCAUGCAACAACAACAAGAGCAGCAGCAGGAGCCCAGCUGCCCACAGGGGCCCACCAGUGAACAGCCUGGCUCGGUCCAAGUACUGUUGACAGACAAUCAAGAAGAGGUCUGGGAGGACAGUCAGGAUUCUGUGCUUGGCUCACCCUCUCCUCAAUGUAUGAAGCCACCCUCCUCUUGUUCAAACUCACCAUCUCAACCCCACAGCCACCCAACACUUAGCAAUGUCCGACCUGCAUCUUCUCAGCCACAACCCUUAGAGCCUAAUGAAGGUAGUGAAUGUUCAAUGCAGAAUGAGGAUAAAUGGGGUGGCAUCAGAUUAGCAGAUGUUCUCCAGGCUUCAGGUGUUCAGAUCAGGCCCAUUCACAAGCAUCUGGCCAUAUCUCUGCCUUCUUUGCCUCUUGACUUCUGGGGUGUGUUGGGAGAGGAUGAAGAGGUCUGCAGCCAUCAGCAUUUUCAAAAUUUGAGCUCUCAGUCUCCAUCCCCAAAUCCUCCCUUGUGGCAAGGCACUGCAGAUAAUCCAGACUGGAGACCCCAAUCCAGCAGGACCACCAGUCCACCACCCACACCCCCUCAUGUUGAAGAGAAGGUCCAGAUGCCCAGACGAGCCCCUAUAUGGCAGCCCCUAAGCACAAUUUCCCAGCCACGCUCACCUGUCCUGUCUCACUCCAGCUCCAGACUGACCCCAUCAGUUGCUGCCCGUCAUUGGUCCUCCUGGAGCCUGGACCGUCCUGAUGCUGUCGUUACGCCCUAUGAGACGCCUCCUGACCAGAACUACUGGGCAGGAACCACCUUCUCUCAACAAACACCUGGAAGGCACCUGCCUCCUCACAGUCCCAUAAGCACCAAAAUAAAGAGUGGCACUAAGCACUCCAACUUCCAAAAUGUCCCUAGCAUGGAGCUGAAACCCACAGAGGCCGAGGACCAGGAACUUUCUGAAUUGGACUCACUCUUCCAGGCUAGUCUCCAGGCUGUUCCCAGUCCUGGCCGGGCCCUGCGUGGUACCAGCUCACCUGCUUUUGGGAGACCAGUACCUCCUGCUGCAAGGAAGCUGUUCACUGGAGUGGGACGCUCUCGGACCCCCACGGCUGAGCUUGAGAGAACUGCGUAUGGACCAACAGGUUGUUACAGCCCCACUGGAUACAUGAACGUGCCCCUGUCAGUGGCCAAUCAAGGACUGCAGUCAGGAGAGGAAGACCAGUAUGAUGCGGAUCACCUGCGUCGCAUUGCCCGCAGCCUCAGUGGAACCGUCAUCGGGCGACGCCAGAACCGUCUUGCUAUCUCCCGAAGCUUUGAAGUCUCCAGAGGUUCUCCGAGUUUCUGGCUGUGUUUGACUGGUGUCAAGCUCUCUCCAGUGGGUAGUACUACAGUCCAGCACUGAGGUGCCACAGAUGUCAUCCUCCAACGCUCAGAUGGCUUUGGACACAUCCAGGGAAAACAUGGAAGUUCUCCCCAGAUGCAUCUGUUCUCCAGGAUACCCUUUCUGCACACCCAAUUCCAUGUUGCCCAUGUUUCUCGGAGUUCUGGCAGGGGAAAUUAUUCAGGAAUGAUGCCCACCUCAGUCACCCUGCACUUUGUACUGUAUCUGAUACAAUUUCUUCUAGACUUCCGUUACCUUGCUCUAGUCCUGCAUAGCGGUAGAUCUUUCCAUGCAAAAGCUCCCCAAAGCUCACUCCACAGCAUGAAGGAAACUUUUAUUUUUAAUUUUUUAAAUGAGGUGUGUGCACAGCACAGGGAUGGCAUGACAAUGUGGGCAUCUCUCUGGGGCUAAGGUGUGUGUGUAUGAAUAACCUGCGGUCAGCCCUGCAGCUUGCAAUGUUAGGAGCGUGAGGUCCAGACUCAGACCCCCCGCAGUGAGCCAUUCAACCCAAAGCACUUAAUUAAAUGCUUUUUAACCGAAACAUUCAAUUAACUGCAGAGGAACAGCAGACCUCCAUGCUGCACUAAAUAGUAAAUGUAUGUGUGUGUGUGCAUGUGUAUGUGAAAGUAAAAAAAAUUAUCAGUAUUUUUGUCUUGUUUUCCAGUAUAAAUGUUCAAACAUCUGUAAAAAAAGAUAAAUGUUCUUGAAAACCAUACUGUAACUGUGUAAAAUGUUCAUACUUGUUUUCAGAGAAU